GUGUAACAGUCCAUGUUGGCUGGCUGACCCACUUGCCGAGUCAACGAGACACCGGUCUGUCCCGUCAGUCUGAUGAAAAACGCAGAGAAGAGAUCUAAAGAACUUCUCCACAGUGGAUGAACUGUUUCCUUAACCAGGGACACACACUCAGAGAGGCAGGAUGGGCUGCAUGAAGUCCACGCUGAAUGGAGGUCUGAGCGGAGGUGUAGAGGGGAAGCCCGGCCAGCAGACUGUACGUACCGAGCAAACGCACUAUGUCAGAGACCCCACCUUCAGUACACAAAACAAAAUAGGUAACUCCCUGUUACCUGGUCAGGUGUUCCAAAAUAUGGAAGAGCAAAAGGGGGUUGGUAAAAUAAUGGUCGCCCUCUACCCGUACGAAGCUGUGCAUCCAGAUGACUUAGGAUUCAAGAAGGGAGAAAAGAUGAAAAUCUUAGAGGAACAUGGGGAGUGGUGGAAAGCAAAGUCUUUGGCAACCAACAAAGAAGGAUUCAUCCCAUCCAAUUAUGUUGGCCAAGCUGACACCAUAGAAACAGAAGAGUGGUUUUUCAAGGACAUCACAAGGAAGGAUGCGGAGAGGCAGCUGCUGGCGCCGGCAAACAAACCAGGCUCUUAUCUUAUCAGGGAAAGUGAAACAUCAAAAGGAAGCUAUUCAUUGUCCAUCAGAGACCUGGACGCCCAGGGGACAGAUUCAGUCAAACACUAUAAGAUCAGGAUGAUGGAUAACGGGGGCUACUACAUCUCUCCUAAAAUCUCUUUCCGUGAUAUCAGCAGCAUGAUCAAACACUACCACAGCAAAGCAGAUGGCCUGUGUCGUAAACUGGACCGUCCUUGCGCGAGACCCAAAGCUCAGAAGCCGUGGGAUAAAGGCGCCUGGGAGAUUCCUAAAGAGUCGAUCAAGAUGGUGAAGAAACUCGGAGCGGGGCAGUUCGGAGAAGUCUGGUUGGCGUACUACAACAACACAACCAAAGUAGCGGUGAAGACGCUGAAGCCAGGCACCAUGACGGUCGAAGCCUUUUUAGAUGAAGCCAACGUCAUGAAGACGCUGCAGCACGACAGGCUGGUCCGGCUCUACGCUGUCGUCACCAAGACAGAGCCCAUCUACAUCAUCACUGAAUUUAUGGCAAAUGGGAGCCUACUGGACUUCUUAAAGAGCGACAUGGGCAGCAGAGUGCAACUACCCAAGCUCAUCGACUUCUCAGCGCAGAUAGCAGAGGGAAUGGCGUACAUAGAAAAGAAGAACUAUAUUCACAGAGACCUGAGAGCAGCUAAUGUCCUGGUGUCAGAGAGCCUGCUCUGUAAAAUAGCUGAUUUUGGACUGGCAAGAGUCAUAGAGGAUGACGAAUACUCUGCCAGAGAGGGAGCCAAAUUCCCUAUUAAGUGGACCGCUCCAGAGGCCAUCAACUAUGGCUCCUUCACCAUCAAAUCAGACAUGUGGUCCUUUGGAGUUCUGCUCUAUGAGAUUAUAACCUACGGGAAGAUCCCUUACCCAGGUAUGACUAAAGGAGAGGUGAUGUCCUCGAUACAGCGUGGCUACCGGAUGCCUCGGCCCGACAACUGUCCCGCUGAGCUGUACGAGAUCAUGAUGUCCUGCUGGAAGAACAAACCUGAGGACAGGCCCACCUUUGAGUACAUGCAGAGCGUCCUGGAUGACUUCUACACUGCCACAGAGGCACAGUACCAGCAACAACCAUAGACAGGGACACUUUUUGGCGAAUACAGACAUUUCACUGUCACUCCAUAUUAUACUUGGAGCCACUUAGACACGUGUUUUUAUUUUUGUAAUUGUAGGCUAUGUAUAUAUGACACAUGUCAUAUACAUUUAUAUUUGCUUCUGACAGCAUAAAAUAUGCAGAUUCCAAAAUGUACUAUAAUGUGGCUACUGAAAGUGCACGUACAAAUACUGCUCGCACUGCAGUUUAAUCUCACCUAUAAGCAUGUGCGCACUGUUUAAGAAACUUUUGCACAAAGUGUAAAACUUGAGAUGAGCAUUUAUUUGAUUUCAUUUUUACUUUCUGACACUAGAGUCUUGUCCCUAUGCAUUUAAAUACUUGGACCAAAUAGACAUUUCAGUUAUGUGUGCAUACAGAGGGGCUGAAGAGUCAAGGUGUAAAGGUAGGACAGAAUAUAGAAAGUUAGUGUAGUGACUUCUGUACAAACAGCUGCCUCAUAGAGACUGGGUAUAUAAAUAAAGAAAAAAGGGACAUGCUGCUUAUAGCGAUAGCUGUUACAGAUAAAGCCAUGACCUCUGUUCAAACUCUUUUCAAACUGUACAAAAUGUACUAUUUAAACUGUCUGCAAACUUCUGUUAACCUUUUCAAACUGAAUAUUAAGUGAUGAUAUAUUUGACUUUGAAAUAUAUAAUUUAAUUGAAGUUAUUUAAAUGAAUGAAACUGCUCCCUGACAAUAACUAUUCACAAAGCUGUGUGUAAUAUGUAGCUUUUUUGUGUGUGGAAGCAGCAUUAUAUCUGGUGGUGUACUGUGAUAUCAUUCCCAGGUUGAUGAUCCCCUUUUUCAUUUCAUGACUAAUUAUAUUAUAAGCUGUACUAUAUGCCUGUUGUUUCAUUGAAUAGUGAAGGUUUAAUCACCUUUGAGUCCACUUCAUAUUGAAGUGCUGUAGCUCUUGCUUGUUUGUUUGUUUGUCAAACCUAUUCUCCUUAUCAUUAUUUCAAACAUGGUAUUGUAUAAUCAAAUGUGUAUCAUAAUUUUAAAGUUGCCCUAGGUUUGGCAUGAUGUGGCUCUUGUUAUACUUGAGUAGAAUUACUUGAGUUUCAACUUCACCCUGUCAGCACUGAAACCGUGAGCUGUUUAUAAGUUUGGCAAUUAAAGAUCAUUCAAGUUUUAGUGUUUGAAAAGAGAAUGUGUACAUUGUGUAUGGACUUAAGGUGUAUGCAGUAAAUUGUAUUGUGUUGGCUUUGAUCAUAUUAAAGAGACCUUGCUCUUGCUCUUA